AUGUCUUUUGUUAUUAAUCGUGAUUAUAUACGACUUUUAAAAUUCUUCCAUCCAUUAAAAUCUUCUAGAUUAAACAAAUAUUCGAACGGUUUAACAACAAAUAUAAAUAAAAAGAAAAUGCGAGCUAAACUUGAAGGUAAUGAACGAAAUGAUAUAUUGAAACAAUUAGAAACAAAUGGAUGGACAUUAGUUGAUAAUCGUGAUGCUUUAUCAAAAACAUUUUUAUUUAAAAACUUUAAUCAAGCUUUUGGAUUUAUGACACGUGUUGCUUUAUUAGCUGAAAAACUUGAUCAUCAUCCAGAAUGGUUUAAUGUUUAUAAUAAAGUUCAAGUUACAUUAACUACACAUGAUUUAAAUGGUUUAUCAACACAUGAUGCACAAAUGGCUAAAUUUAUGGAUAAAUGUGUUUCGGAAACAACAGAUCCUAAAUAA